CAGGGGCGGCGCCGGAGGCGCCCCCAGGGGACUCCAGCGCCGAUCCAAACAAUCUGCGCGGGCGCGGACCUCUGCAAGUUUAUGGUUAUACAAUGUUUUGUUCCUCGAUGACACUAUCGCGUCGUGGAAAUAUCGGCGCUGGUAUACACGCUGUCGAAAACCGACCUAAUCCCGAAUAGUUGGGUUCAAGAUGGUUAAGUCCAGUUGAAUGUGUCUUAAUGUUGGACCUAUCGGGUCUAACCCGAUUUCAUGGCCAGUUGGGCAAUCGGGAUUCAUAGUUGCUCAUCACUAUCACGAAGACAUCCCAGGAGCUUUUGCUUCCUAGCGGUACCCCUCAGGCGCGGUCCCGCCAGCUGGCGGCCCGCCGCGUGGGCGCGGCAGGCGUGCUGUUGGCGGCGCUGCUCGCGGGCGGGGGGCGCCUCUGGAGCCCGCAGAGCCCAGCCUUGGCGGCCGAGGUGACUCUCGAGACCAUGGGGACCGAGCCGCCGUCCCUGGCAGACGCGGGUCGGUCGAGGACCCCCACCGGCAGCAUCCUGGGCGCGUUGGUGCGGCCCUGCGCCGUCAGCGGUGCCACGUGCCAUUGUGUGGGCACGCUGAUCUUCAGCACGGCCCUCGGGGACGCCGUGCGCGAGGUGAAUUCCGACGGCGAGAUGCAGUGCUCCGCCGAGGCAUUAGGCGCCCCGGGCCACUACGACAUGCGCAUCUGCUGGUGCCAGGAUGGCAUCCCGUGGGACGACGAGGUCCGCAAGGGCCUCGCGGCGAUAGUGCGACAGGGCCUAACGCCACGCAUCGACAUCGCUGCCGACGAGGAUCCGGGCCUCACGGAGGACGGGUGCUCUGCUCAAAGCGACGGCCUGUGGUACGGCUGCGUCGUGAUGAGCCGGCGUUGGGACACGAGCGUGAUCCCGCAGGCCUUGGUCCGCGCGGCGCCUCCCGAAGAGCAGCUGGACAUGACACUGAAAAAGCUCGACGCCUGCCACCGCCUCGCCCCCGACGCCUCCCUCCGCGUGCUCGGGGUGCGCAGCGGGGAGUCUGCGGACGCCGUGGCGGUGCCAGCGCGCAUCGCGAGCACCUGCUCGGUGGUCUGGCGCCCAGGCGAUGGCGUCAUGUGGACCGCCGAGCCCGUGGCACUCUACUGCGCGACGUCGCCCGGCAGCUGCACCACGACUCCAUGCGAGUGCAAGCGGGCAGCGGAUAGGAAAUUGGAGCUGCACACGGCGCAGGGGCGGCGCUGCUGGGCAUGCGCUGAGGCUGGCCAGGAGCACAACUUCCGCGUCAGCGCGCUGGCGGAGAAGGUGAAGGGUACCAGCAUGUCGUGGUGGCCGCCGUACGGGAUCAACUGCCCUCCGAUCUUGUGGAUGUUCAUGGACUGGAAGAUGGUGAUGAGCGAUUGCCCAGUGGUCUUCGGCUACAUGGUAGUCUUCGUGGGGUGCCUGCUGCUGCGCAGGGCGGAGGAGUUCACCGGCGGGGCGAUCCCCUGGACGCGCGUUGCGCCCGUGUUCGGCCCGGCGUUGAAGCGCGGAGAGGUCUGGCGAUUCUUCACGUUCACCUUCUUCCACUUGCAGUUCCUCGACCUAUUCCACAACAUGCUCACGCUGUUCGAUGCACUCGACGUGGAGGGGACCCCAGCCAUCGUCCUCGGUGACGGCUCCAACUUGAAGUGCGGCGUUGGCGCGAAGCAGAAUUUCAUGUGCUACCCGAGUAUCGGCAUGGGCUCCUACCACACGCUCUGCGUCGCAAUAAUCAGCGCCGCCGUCGGGUCUAUGACUUUCACGUGGUUCAACUUCAAGGGUGUGACCACGGGGGCAUCCGCACUGGGCUUUGGCUUGUCUGGUGCGAUCGUCGCGCUGUAUGGCCUCUACGCUGGCGCGGAGCUGGACCAGACAACCACCGUGCAGCGCAGUUUCCAGGAUUGGGUGUAUCUGCGGCUCAUCUUCGUCGCCUUUCACAUCGCAAUGGAGUUCAUCCGUGGACUGUCCCAGAAGGAUGCCGCUGGACUCUUCGCACACGCCGCGGCGUUCGCGUCGGGCUUCGCGUACGUGCUCUAUUUCCUUCCGCCGAUGGGUGAUGGCACCCUCCUGCCGUCAGACCGGCCGUACAUCGUCCCGUGCGCUUAUGACAUCCACGGGGAGGACGCCAGCUACGCGACGGACGCGGUGCCAGAGUGCAUUCGGCUCUUCUCCCAGGUGUACGAGUACACGGUUCCUGACGCCCGCGCGAAGGCCCUCAGAAUGUUCACCGGGGUAGUUGCCAUGACCGUGGCGAAUAUGUUCUUCUUGACAGGCGCAAGGGUGAGCUCGAGCGAGGCCGUGCUCGUUGCCGGGCAGGAGGUGAGCGCCGUGUGCUGCACCCGCCGCAAGCAGGGCGGCCAGAGCCCGGCGGGGGGAUCCAACAUAGAGGGCAGGAGCCUCGUGCUGUGGUGCAGCGUGGAGGGCGCCACGAAUCUACCGGCCCCAGCGGCCGACGCGGGGGCCUGGUACGUGGAGCUCCGCUGCCUGGACGCAGACCCGCGCGGCGACGUGGGGGCGUUGCUCGAGCGGACGCCGCUGGCCUCGGCCCGCACCCGGAACGAGUCGGGCAGCCAGACCGUGCAGUGGGAGGAGCCCCUCUUCCUGCCAGUCAAGUUCUCGAAGAAGGGGCACAUCCAGGUGGUCCUCCGCCGCGCCCCGGGCGGCGCGGCGCUCGGCCACGCGGCGAUAACGAUGCCGCAGGUGCUGCGCUUCAACAAGCGCGACCACAGAGACGAGAAGAUGAAGCUGCAGGCCCUGGGCGAGGGUACCACGGCGUCGUUGUGCAUGUGACGUUCAGGAGCCUCGAGCCCUCGCAGCUGGAGACGCUGCGCACGCGGGUGAGGGAGGCGAUCGCGAACACGGGGCUCCAGCGACAUCAUUUCGAGCAGCAGCUCGAAGCGAUGCAGGGAGGGGGCGUGGACGAGAGAGAGGCCCGCGCCAACGCGACGGAGAUCAUCGAGGACACCGAGGCCGAGAACGAGACGUGAGCGUGCGGAGGCGAAGCAUCCGCCCGAGCCAACGGAUUCGGGGAGACGUUGGUGGAGAAGCCAGUUCAUCGGGGGGGGUCUGAUUGGGGAUGGGGGAGGGUUGGCGACGAUUUACAAACUCUGGUGGCAGCCGAUGUGUUCCACGAUUUGCAGAUUCGGCAUGCGCCCUGCAAGGCAGUUUUCGGUUAGCUACUGGUCGCAUGUUUCAGCGAGUCGCCGAUGUGGGAGAUGUUCCCAGUGUUUCUCAGUUUCGGCAAGUACCCAGCAGAAAAGAUGGAUCGACAGUUACAGCAGCAUGCCUUCCUGAAGCAUCAACAUCGCUCGACGACGGUCUCGGUAUGGUUCCAAGAAGCCUGCGGUUGCCACGAC